AUAAAAAACCUCUCUCUCUCUGUAUUUCUCUCUCUCCUACUGCAGCUAUGGCUUCCAUCCUGUUUCCGACUACCCGGAUGAGACUAAACACCACACUAAGUGUACCCGCGCCUCCUCCUUCUUCGCCAUCUUACCGUAGGCCAUCUCCGCCCACCGCUUUUCUCUCUCCAUUCGUUGGGGGUAGCGUCUCCGGUGACUUUGCCGGUCUAAGGAUCCGACCCGUUUCCCUUAUUGAUAACUCCUCCAAUUCGACCUCUCGAGGGAAGCGUGGCGUUGUUACUAUGGUAAUCCCUUUCUCCAGAGGAAGUGCUUGGGAGCAACCUCCACCAGAUUUAGCAUCAUACUUGUACAAGAACCGCAUUGUGUAUUUGGGGAUGUCUCUAGUUCCCUCUGUCACUGAACUGAUACUUGCUGAAUUCCUUUACCUACAAUAUGAAGAUGAGGAAAAACCAAUAUAUCUUUACGUCAAUUCCACUGGGACGACCAAGGGUGGUGAGAAGUUGGGCUAUGAGACAGAAGCGUUUGCAAUAUACGAUGUUAUGAGAUAUGUGAAACCACCAAUUUUUACGCUAUGUGUGGGCAAUGCAUGGGGAGAAGCUGCACUUCUACUGGCUGCUGGUGCAAAGGGGAAUCGAUCUGCCUUACCCUCAUCAACAAUAAUGAUCAAGCAGCCAAUUGCCAGGUUUCAGGGUCAAGCAACAGAUGUAGAGCUUAUGAGGAAAGAAGUUAGAAAUGUGAAGGCUGAGUUGGUCAAACUCUACGCGAAACACGUUGGAAAAUCACCUGAGCAGAUCGAAGAAGACAUAAGGCGUCCAAAAUAUUUUAGUCCUAGUGAGGCUGUUGAAUAUGGAAUCAUCGAUAAGGUUCUGUACAAUGAGAGGAGUAGUGAAGACAGAGGAGUUCUGUCGGAUCUUAAGAAAGCUCAACUUAUUUGAAGUGCUUUUGGGUCGUCGGUCGGGCCAGAGUAGCAGGAUACAGAUUUAUCAAACAUGGAUUCAAGAUUUAAUUACGUUAUAAGAUGAUGGAGUGGAGUAGGGGAAGGAUCUGGAAGACUGGAAUUGUGAUCCAAAAUGACUGCAGCUUCGUGUUUCAGUGGAAAGCUAGUAUUUUACUGUCCACAAAGCCAGUGUAGCUAUACCUUUUGUUGGUAUGUUAAUGUUAUGUCUGUCACACUAACAUUUUAUACAAAAGUUUGAAACCAAAUUAUUGGAGAAUGAGUCUCAGGAUUCUUGGUUA